CUGAAUGAUGACUAAACAAUAGCGCGUAGAUUUGUGGCGAUGACGAUCAUAAGCCAAGUGGUUUCCCCUAUACUCAGUUUUGGUUUUAGUCGGCGCUUAUGGUUAUAUAAAUAACGUAUGUGAAUUUUAAGUUUAGCAACGGUAUGGUAAUAGUGGUUUUUGCUGUGUAUAAUAUGAUUGAUAUUGUCAACUGGUCAACUCAAUAGUGUGCAGUACUGCACUCACUCAGCGCAUGCUUGUCUCAGUAAACUGCCACUCACCACUUGACUCACUACUCACUAGCCUUACUGUAUUUAGUGGAGGCCGCUAGCACUAGCAUUAGCAAGUUGCCAAGUAGCAGGACAGUGCAUCCAUAACGGAGACUGGUGUACCAUUCGUACCACUACCCAUGAUACCACUACACAGUCUACAGAGAGGACUACACUCCGGCAACAUUGAUUGAGGUGUCGUGCGUUAACUACCACAAAAUCCACAAAAUGGGAGGCCAAGAAUCGAGUCAGAAAGGAAAUUCUUCAAGUUCAUCAUCAGGAGAACGAAAUGGACCACUGGCUCACUUUUUAUCUGCAGUUUCACAAGAUGGUAGUGACCAUGUGAGCAAAGAUAAGUUCAUAAGUUAUUUUCCCUCAGCCGGUCAAACACUUGCAGAGAAACUCUUUAGUCAUAUGAGCCCAUCUGGAUCGGAGCUAAAAAAGCGAGACUGCUCGGACUCAUUGUCAAAGAUCUUGACUCUGACUUCAACUUCUGUUCAGAGCAGAACAUAUAUCGAGGUGUUCUGUGGUCAUGCUUCUCUUAACCAUCAAGAUGUGACGUGUCUCCUCCAGUCUUCUCUCCGCCUCUUCCUGGUCAGCUCUGGUACUUCUUUCUCCCAACACAGCGUGGAUGAUGACAGGGUCAUCAACACUUUAGCGACCUUGCUGACCUCAAAGGGUCAGCGUUCAUCUGCUGCAGACUGGAUUGAUGACAACUGUCCAGAACUCUUCACUGGAAUGCACAAGUGUCUUGUAGGAUGGCUUCGAGGAGAAGAGAAAUCCCUAUCUUCGGUGGAUAUUGCUGACGCAGUUGGAGGACGAUUGUUAUGCAAGUCAUGGUGGUGGAUCCUUCAAUCAUCUCUAUCCAGUGUCUUCCUGAGGAACCCUAGGAACCAGACCAAACAGAAUUCCAAUGGAACAACAGAAAAUUCCGAUAACGGCUUCUGGACAUUACUGUACAGUAGUCAGGACCACGGAUUGAGUAUGAACAGACUUCAGCAUCACGUCUUUGGCUACAGGGGUCCUACCCUCAUGCUGCUCAGCUGUGAUGAGGGGUAUACAUACGCAGUGGCUCUAGACACAGAAUGGAGGGAGGGGACACAGUCUUGGGGAGGCAGUAGCUGUUGUGUGAUGAGACUUUCACCAGAUGUUAAGAAACUUGAGGAGGGCGACAGUAUGAUACUUUUCAAUGAUCGUUCGCGGAACAUCCCACGUGGUAUCAGCAUCGGACGGAAUAGUAAACACAGAGUGUUGAAACUCAAAGAAGGGCUGGACGUUGUGGAGCAUAACUAUACCAGUGGAUCAAUCCACACUCUGGAGGUUUGGGGCUGUGGAGAUUCAGGAACAAGAGUGGCUCAAGCAAAGCAAAAGAAGAUGGAAACAAAAGAUGCAGAGAGAGCGGCUAAGGUGAAGCUGCCUGGACAGUGGGAUGACAGUCCAGACAAGAUGCUACUUGAAUGGGGCGGAGUCAAAGUCAAUCAUGCAGAACAAUUCGCCAGAGACUGAAGCCGUCAUCUUAGGCUUCAUAGCAACAUGGAGCAAGAAAGAUACUGCUGGAGUGAAAUUAGGUCAUCUUGAAUGUGGACAAUUCUACAAUUUACUUAUUAGCGGUCAUUGUUUAUUAAAAUGACCGACUGACAUAAUGUAGAAAACAUUCACUGGCCUCAUGAACAGUACUAUCUCAUGCCAUAAACACAGCAGAGAUAUAAUACCUUGCCGCUUUAUUUGCAUGCAACAAGGAUGAGAUUUGACAAAUGAAUGUGGUUAUUCCCAAACAAUUACUGUAUUGUGAACCACCCAGAUUAGGACGAUUGGUUUUCUUUGGACUAAUGAUUGCUUUGCAGAACAAAGUCUAUGCACUGGUGGCUAUAAUAAUAUCGACAGUGGGGCACAAAAUCCAUCACUCCCCGACACUCGACAAUAUGCAAAAGCAAAGAGCAGAAAAAAAUGAACUAAUUUGGAUCAGAGUUUGAAAGAAAUAGGUUUUGAUAGAUGUAAAAUUUGCAUCGGGGAUAAAUAAUGUUAUUUGGUUUUACCCGUACAUCGAUGUGUGUAAGGCCGUGUCCGAAUAGGUGACUUCGGCUACAGCUACGGCUAGAUCAAAGGCCGAUGCGGGCAAUCUAGCCGAAGCUACAGCCAAAGUCGCCGUUUCGGACCUGGCCUAAGCACUGUAUACUCAGUACUCUCCCGAAUAGGUGUCGAGUAAUUUUUUGAAAGAACUAGCUGAUGAGGCUUGACGAAGGGAAAGUGGAAGACUGUUCCAGGUAAUAGAGCCAGCAUGGGAAAAACUGCAGGCACACCCCAAGAGAGUUUGUAUCUGGGAACUUCAUAGGGGAGCCUGAUGGUUAUUAUUGAAGAUUAUGGUUGGGGUUCAAGGCCAUAAGCCUUCCAUUGGAUGCCAUAUUACAGGGCCAAAUUUUCAUGGCUCUGCUCACUGUCGAAUUCUGCGCUUAUGAUCACCACAUUCUGCUUGUAGCGCAAGUAAGCUAGCGCAAGAGUACGCUUGUGCACAAGCCAAACUCCCUGCUAACUCGUGUGAAAUACACUAGGAGUAAGGCAGGGAUGAGAGUCAUUGCUCACAAAAAGGCCUGAAACUAGGAGCCAAAUUCUGCUGUAUGUUGAAAUUAUAGCUUUUUCCAGCUGUCUGGUAACCCCUGGAGUUAUAGAUUCGACUGAGCUUUUAGGAACAGUGUUCUCAGCACUAGAGAAGUAGAUCAAAGAGCAGGAUUUUGUUAUUUAAUAUGGAAAAAGUAAUGGCUGAUUUUCUUUACAAGGCAGACUUAAAAAGUCUGAAUUCAGAUAAAAGUCUGAUAAAUCUCAUCCCUGGUAAGGGCCCAUGCCAUCAGCCUGAAUGGAAUAUUUUGCAAGGCUUUGGAUAUUCUAAGCUCACCAAUACCAAACCUGUGCAAUUUUUGAUAUUACCAAUUUACAUUAUGUUCUAUAUUAUUUAUGAAAGACUUGAUAUUUUUAGCGCACAAAAUUAUACCCAGUGAGACAAAAGGAUGUACUGAAGAAAAUUUAUUUCAUGCAGUAUGAAAAUACAAAGGAAAAACGAAAUAAUAUUCAACUGUAUUUUGUGUAUUAUGGGGAACCAGUUUUCUUUUCUGGGCGCCAUUUUUGGUAUAAAUGUAGUACAGUCCAUGCCUGAAAUAUUGGGGCAGAGGGUACCCCCCCCACACCCUACCGUAGGGUGUAGGGUAAGGGGGGGGGGGGGGGUUACCACAAUUCCACAUGUAACCCCUUUAACCCCAUAAUAACCCUAACCCCAAAUAAAAUAUAACACAACCCAAUGUGCAGUUUAGUUUGGCACCCUGUGUACAUAGGCCUACAUGCAUUUUAACUGACCGAAAAAUCUUAAGUUUUGCAAAUCUCCCAAAACACAGCUCUGCCCCCCCCCCCCCACCUGCGCAAAAACUCAGAAAGUGCCAAAAAGAAUUAACUUGGGAGUAUUAAAUCAUGCUUUGGUAAUUGUGUAAGACUUACCCUUGAUCAUUCUAUUAAGUAAACAGUACAUGUACAUGGAAAAUACAUAAGCUUACAUCAAAACCUUUUGAAAGAUACAUUCUACAAAAA